CGGGGUUAAACAGGGACCGAGCUCGGGAAAUCACUUGUAACUCCGCGCUGCGUGCGACCGGCGAGGAGACAGCCCGACCCCGCCGCGCACUGUGACUGCAGACAUGGCCGACAAGACGCCGACGGAGCCCGGGUCCAAGGCGCCGUUCGCCACCAGGAUCAACCCGAUCAAGGAGGGUCUCUCCCUGGAGCAGAUGCACUUCAUCAAGCAGGUGGAGCUCGAGCAGUGGAAGAAGAAGACGGUGAAGCUGCGGGGCAGGAACGCGGUGACGGGUCUCGCCAUCGGGGCGCUCGUCCUCGGCAUCUACGGCUACACGUUUUACUCAGUGUCCCAGGAGCACAUCGUGGAGGAGUUGGACGAGGAGACCAGACGUGCGAGAGCGCAGGGGUCGAAGACUGAUGCCAACUGAAACACGUGAUUUGCCUGCCUGUUGUUGGACCGCGUGUCCGUCCUGCACUUAACCGAGAAGGGACUUAUGGUGGACACUGAUGCCACUGAUUCAUAUUCCACGACUGGCCGCUGUUUUUCUUUCCCCCCCCACCAUGUUGAGACAGCACUGUAGUGGACUUUAUCUUGAUUGUGAAGUUCUGCUGCUGACUUAAAACUGGACGCUUGUUAAUAGAUUAAACUUUGCUGUCAGCGGAAAGGAUCGUAACCAGACCUAUCACAUGUUAGACAAAAGGCCCAGAUUGAGGAGUAAUUAAAACUGUUACCUGCCAGGCUUCCAGCCCUGGUGAUCAUGUGACAUGGAUACAGUUUGAGGGGCAUAUACUUUACACCAGUCAGCAAAUGUUAACUUUACAGCAGCUUUUAACAGCAAAGAAUGACACAGCUGAAACGACACAUGGAUCAACUUGUUGAAUGGUAUUAUUUAUGUCAAAGAGUGACUUGUUGAAUAAAAAUCUAUUGUAUUUGAA